CACCUGCGCGUCAUCUCCAUGCAAAAGGGGGGCAAAAUGAGGGAGGUGUUCACGCGCUUCUGCAAGGGCCUCACCCAGGAGGGGCUCCACAUCGAGAGCCUGUUCAAGGCCAGGAAAUACGAGUUCAUGUGGAACCCGCACCUGGGCUACAUCCUCACCUGCCCCUACAACCUGGGCACCGGGCUGCACGCGGGCGUGCACGACAAGCUGCCGCACCUGGGCAAGAACGAGAAGUUCCCCGAGGUGCUCAAGCGGCUCCGGCUCCAAAAGCGGGGAACAGGCGGGGUGGACACGGCCGCCGUGGGCGGCGUCUUCGACAUCUCCAACGCCGACCGCCUGGGCUUCUCGGAGGUGGAGCUGGUGCAGAUGGUGGUGGACGGCGUGAAGCUGCUCAUCGAGAUGGAGCAGCGGCUGGAGCAGAGCCAGACCCUUGACGACCUCAUGCCCGCCCAGAAGUGAGGCCGCCCGCCGCCCGCCGGCCGCUCCCGCUCGCUCCCUAACGCAUUGCCGGCCGCGCGCCGCACUCCCCUGCGCCCGCCGCCCCGGCCCAGCCCUCCGCCUUGCCGUAGACGCCCGGCGCCCGGGCAGAGUUUAUUUUUUGGAUGGCUAAGCUGUUGCUGAAAUAAACCAGGGUCUGGC